UCACUACAAUCAAAUACCAAGCAUUGAAGAGGAAGAUCUGUGGUACCUAAUUAAUGUUCAGCAGCUCUACCUGUCGCACAAUCAGCUCUCUAAUUCUACAGUACACGCUGAAGCAUUCAGGAAUCUAACCAGUUUAACAAGACUGGAUUUAGACAGUAACAGGUUCCAUUAUGUUCCAACCGCUGUCCAAGGAAAAAGUCAUCUUCCAAUCAUCAAUUACUUACGUUUGUACUCCAACUCACUCACUUACAUCCUUGAAGGAACUUUUGCCGAUCUUGAUACAUUACAUUCCCUUUAUCUUUAUUAUAAUGACAUUAUUGUUGUGGAGAAUGGUGCCUUUCCUUCUGGUAUAAGAACUAUUUCCAUGAAUAACAACAAGUUCAACUUCAAGCACGAGAAUCCGUUUUCUAAUCUAUCACUUACCUCUCUCGGUUCACAGGGAAUGUGAUGAAAAAAAUUGGUGCUCGUGCUUUUGAUAACGUGGCGAUGUGCUACAUUGAACUGUAUGGUGCUGAGCUCACGACAAUAUCCACCGAGGCGUUUUAUGAUGUGACAAUUACAUGGGAUUUGGAGAUGUCUAACAGUAAGAUCACUACUUUUGAAGAAAACCCCUUUGUAUCUCUCACAGUGACCCAUGGAGCGCUAAAACUUCAGAAUAAUCUGAUUCAAGUUGUAACAGGAAAGCUAUUUGGCGAUUCUGGGUCAUCUGUUAAUACGUUGGAUCUUUCCAAUAACCAAAUACAAUCCUUGCACGAAGAUGCUUUGAAUGGAGUAUCAAUUAAAGUAAUCAAUUUGAUGAACAACAAGCUGGUUACAUUUCCUUCAAGAGCUUUGAGGAAUCCGAAUCCAACUAGACUUUAUAUGAGUAAUAAUAACAUUCCAACAAUAAAACCUGGAGAGCUGGACACACUCACUAAUCUUCAGUAUUUCACACUUCAACAAAACAGUAUAACAGAGCUGGGCGCCAAUUUGUUUCAAUACCAGACGAAUUUACGAGAAUUAAACCUGAUAAACAAUGCCAUUGGUGUGAUUCAGAGUGGUGCCUUUAAUAAUAUGGGGAGCAUCCAAAGAAUAUAUUUGCAGGGAAAUGAAGUUGUCUUUCUGCCCACGUUUCCCAAAUUGAACAAUCUUGAUACUCUCAACCUAGGGAAUAACCGGAUAGAGAAUCUUGGUCAAGACUGUUUUGGUGGACUCCCAAAGCUAGGAACUUUACAUCUUAAUAACAACAAUUUCGCUUGCGACUGCAACGUCUAUAACUCCAUUGUCGCUGUCAUAAAUGCCCUUUCUCAGAGUAGGGCUGCGACUUGCGCUUCUCCAUCUCGUGUAGCUGCUGUAGAAUUUUAUCCUGGAGGAUCUUAUGAACUACAACCUGUUCAGGAUUUCACAUGCUCACCGGUGAAUAUUACUGCAACAGCCCCGGGAGAUUUCCAGCUGAGAGUGGACUGGUCACGACCCUCCUCACUUUAUCCGCCACUCAUAGUUGAUAAAAACACUACUUAUACGGAUACGUGGAGUAUUACGACUGUCAUAAGUGUGGGGUACAACUCAACGUGCGACAGCGCAGACGCUCCGUCACUCUUUGGCUCCACACAAAGCGAGUUUAUCUUGUUUGUUCAAGCCGAUGGUGUCCAAGCAGGGAUUGACUAUGUGUGCUACGUAACCAUGACAGUAACAGCCUAUAAUGGGACAAACCAAGAUAACAGUACUCAAGGCGAAAUUGAAACUCAGACCUCCCCUAAAAGUGAGGAAGCAACUGUUACUACAUUAGAAGGAAAAGCUCCUGUGACCAAUGUAUCGCUAAACAGUUCCAGUUACUACUUGGACAUUAUUUAUUACGAUUUCCAGUCUUCCCAUGUUGAUUUCACUGGUCUUGGUGCAUUCAGAGGUGAUCUGUAUCGAAAUCCCCAAUAUGUUCAGAGCCCUUAUGGCAGCUGGUUGUCCAUAUCAAGCAGCCCUACCUCUGAUAGUUUCUCUCAGUGGUUUAGACGUUUUUCCAGCCAGAACUAUCAUUAUGAAGAGAAGUUCGAGCUAGGAAAACAGCUGGAGAGAGAUGCAAAUGGGAAUACGGUGUUCCGGCAUUACAACGACAAGUUCUUCCCAGUUGAUGGCCGUGGAUGGGGUGCAGAAGGACAGAGGGACUGCUAUACUAAUGCACUUAGGAACUAUGGUUUCACUGCUGCAAUAAGUACCGGAUUCAACUUUUCUGGUGAUGAAAUUUUUUCCUUCUCUGGCGGUGAAGAAUUGUGGGUAUUCAUUGACAAGAAACUGGUGGUGCAGAUAUUUACUGAUCCAUCAGAAACGGAUGUUCCAUGUCGUUCUAUAAGUUUAGCUGAUGUUGCUUCGACUGAGUCUGUUAUUCCUCAAAAUGGAACAGUAAUCGGAGGAAAAUGCCAAGUCACAGGGGCUUUACAAGCAGAGAAAGUUAGCUUAUCUCUUAAGGUGAAUGAACCAUACCGUUUGGAUGUAUUCGUCGCUGAGAGAUUCCUAUGCAACUCACACAUUUUAUUCCAGUCAAGUGGCGCUUCAUUCCUUCCACCUCUUGACUAUGUGGCUACUGUCAGUGAGAACGCACAUGUUGGCGUUAUUGUGCAGAACGUUCAUAUUGGAGACGCUUUCUCGUCUGGGCCUUACAACGUCGACAUUUUGGAAGGAAAUGAGCAAGACCGAUUCGAAAUUAAAAAUGGGGCCUACGCAGCACCAUCUGCACCCACCACUCCUUCUCCGCCCACUUUUAUCCUUGACGGAGAGUCAAUUGUGUUGUGUCCCAAUGCUACUGAUGAUCGAGUACUUCCAAUACCUUCAGUUAAUUCAGGAAUUCAGUCAUUCACCUCCAUUGCCACAUCUAUAGCUAAACUAACGCUGAAAGAGCCUUUGGAUUUUGAGUACACCUCAUAUUAUCUGUUAUACCUAAGGAUAACCGAUACUGUUAAAGGAUGGACAGGCAACAUUUCAAUCAAAGUUGUUGUUGAAGACUACAAUGAUCACUGUCCAUUUUUGAAAGAAGUCAACAUAGAUUUAGACCUGGAGCCAAUCCCACCACUUCGCAAAGAAGCGUUCUUCACGGCUGUAGCCACUGAUAAAGACAGCGGUGUGAACGCUCGGAUCACAUACAACGUUAGCGAACCAGAGAGAAUUCCGCACAUCAACGCCACGAAGUUUUAUGUCAAUAAUGGUACUGAGGUGGUGUGGAGCAAUAAGACUGUGAAAUGGACCUACAAAUACUUCGUAUUUGCUGUGGAUGGAGGUUCACCAAAACGCGGUGAUGGUAUCCCUUUGAAUAUCACAUUUGAUGCUACUUGCGAAGUGACGGGGGCUGUUGUAGCUGAUCCAGGUACUGGUGAGGUGUUCUUUAGAGCGCCUGGGCUUACAGGAUCUGAAUACCCUUUAAACUCCACCGAAAAGCCGAGAUGUCGCGGGUGCACUCAUGGAUAUUUCUGUGUUGGAGAUGGAACUGAAGAGCGAUGUGGACUCGCUUCACCAACAGAAUUCUCCUUUGGUUCCGCAGCGACAUGUUCACCUUGUCCCGAGGGAUGGCUCUGUGUGAAUGGUACCGCGCUCCCUUGUCCAGAGAGUACACAUGUCAAGUGCAAUUCAACGUGGUGCCCCGAGAAUUGCUUUGACUGUGAACCUGGUACAGUUUGCUUUGAGGGAAGGAAGCACGACUGCACACCAGGACGAUACAGCGAUGGAAAAGGCUUCCCAUGUACGCUUUGUCCUCCGGGUAGCUUUAAUAACGUGUCUCGUGCACAAACCUGUGAGUGUUGCCAGGAUGGUUACACCAGCACAUACAUGAAGACCAGUUGUCGGCAAUGUCCUGCCAAUGAAUGGGCAAAGCACGGAAGUUUCCCGAACUGUUCCAUGUGUCAGACUUGUUUUAAUCCUGAGGACUGCCCAUGUUUGUCCAACGGCACCUGUUUUCCUGGUGUAAGCUGUCUUAACGUCGGAGUUGGUCAGUCGAAAUGUGGUCCGUGUCCUAAAGGUUAUGAAGGCGAUGGAAGGACCUGUACCGACAUUAAUGAGUGCACAAAAGCCAGCCCCUGCUAUGAGAGCGAUAAAUGCGAGAAUCUCGUCCCUGGUUACCAGUGUAACGCCUGCCCAGAAGGAUAUAGAGGGAACGCUCCGUCGGGUGUUGGUCUGGAAGAUGCUCAGAAUUCCAAGCAAGUCUGUGAGGAGAUUGACGAGUGCAAAGAGGGAAUCAGCAGCUGCGAUCCAAAUUCACAAUGUAUCAACACAAAUGGAAGCUUUACAUGUGGCCCUUGCCAUCCUGGUUUUAUUGGUGACGGCUACUUAGGCUGUAACCCUGGUGACCUUUGUACCAAUAACUCACACACUUGCCAUGAAAAUGCACUGUGUACUCAGACUGGUGCCGGAAGAUUCAAGUGCAGGUGUAAGGAUGGGUAUGGCGGUGAUGGAGAGGAGUGUGAAAUCGAUCCAGAUCUUGAUGGAAUUCCUUCCGUGGGCUUAAGUUGCACCUUGCCAAACUGCUUCAAAGAUAACUGUCCAAGUGUACCUAACACGGGUCAAGAGGACAGUGAUGGUGACACGGACGGUAAUGCUUGUGAUGAAGAUGACGAUAAUGAUUUGAUAAUUGACAAAUUAGACAACUGUCAAUUUGUGAAGAAUCAGGACCAGUCUGACGCGGAUGGUGACGGGAUAGGCGACGUAUGUGAUAACUGCGUCAAUCAACCUAAUCCUGAUCAACUGGACAGUGACGGGGAUGGUUUUGGAGAUGCAUGUGACACUGCUGAUCCUGACGGCGAUGGAAAAACUACUGAUAACUGCCAAUUUGUCAGUAAUCCAGCCCAGAACGAUACAGAUGGUGACGGUGUUGGUGAUGCCUGUGAUAACUGCCCUUCAGUGAGUAAUAAUGCUCAGACUGACUCCUAUCAAAGUGGAUAUGGUGAUGUUUGUUUCGGAUCUGGGAAAGACAAGGAUGGCGAUGGCGUACCAGAUGGUUAUGACAACUGUGUUGAUCUCCCAAAUGGCGAACAGGCAGACACUGAUAACGACGGCAUAGGAGAUGCUUGUGAUGACGAUCAGGACAAUGACAAUGUUGGCAAUCAUGAUGAUAACUGCCGUUUAGUGAGCAAUGCUGGUCAAGAACAUGUUAACUUGAAUUACGACCCGAGAGCGAGACCUGUUGGAGAUGCUUGUGUUGAUGAUUAUGAUGGAGAUGGUGUCCAUGACAACGAUGAUCACUGUCCUUAUGUGAAACAUCUCAGUAAGACAAGCUUCACAGAUCAUUUCACUGUGGACCUGUAUUCUGGACACUCGGAUGAACUUCCUGUCUGGAGAGUCGCUAAAAGUGGUAUUGACGUUGAAGAAAUUACUAACACCUCAUCAAAGCACCCUGCUAUGCUUAUCGGUCAAGUCCGAUAUGGUCCCGUUGACUUCAGUGGAGUACUCUAUGUGAAGGAGAGUGAGUCAGCCGAUUAUGUCGGCCUGGUGUUUGGUUAUCAAUCAAACCGCAAAUUCUAUGUGGUGAUGUGGAGAAGAGAGAACAGUAAUUUUAAGGAUCUGAACGAUAGGGCAGGAAUUAAAGGAGUCCAGUUGAAGCUUGUCGAUUCAAACACGGGGCCUGGAAGUACGUUGGCGCAAGCGCUGUGGCAUUCUGGAGAUACCAAUAACCAGGUAAAGCUUCUGUGGCAAGAUCCCAAAAUGGAAGGAUGGAAAUAUGAAACCUCUUACGCCUUUCACGUGUUCCACAGACCUUCCAUCGGUCUUAUUAGAGUACAAAUUAAACAUGGCGAAACAGUACUUUUUGAAUCAGGUGAUGUGUAUGAUACAACGAUUACUGGGGGAAGACUGGGUAUGAUGGUUUUCGGCCAGCAGGAUGUUAUCUGGUCCAGACUAGAAGCCAGAUGUAUUGAAAGGGUAAAUCAAGCUUUGCAGUUUGAUGGUGUCGAUGAUCACGUAACCCUUCCAUCCAUUCAUAAUCUUGGUUUAACAGACAGUUUUACGAUCAGCACUUGGGUUUGGAUGGCAGCGGAUUAUCCCAUUACCGACAUGCCCAUCGUGUGUAGUCUGGAUGCUAAACUGUGUUUGUACUUGAAAAACAGGCAAGUCUAUGGGAACAUGGGAUCGUCUGUGGCCCAAGGAUCAGAAGUGAUCGAGCCCGAAGAAUGGCAUCACCUGGCCUACAGAUAUGACGCCCAAACCUACCAACUUGAACUUUUUGUAAACGGUUCAUCCGUUGGAUCAAAGAGUGAUGUAUUGCCUCACACCUGGUCGUCUCGUGACCUUCUUUAUGUGGGCCGUGACAACAGUAAUUACUUGAAAGGAACUGUGGAUGACUUGACUCUGUGGGGGGUGUAUGUCGAAGACGCGGAUAUUGUUAAUUACAUGAAAACUGCCGGCCUGUCGUUACCCAUCCACAAGGGUGUGGUCAGAGCACAUUUCAGUAUGGACGAGACUUCUGAUUCAAUCAUUCUUGAUCAAGCGGGAAAUGGUUACCAUGGAAAUCUAAUUGGCGGAACAAGUUUCGUCGCGAGCUCUGUCGACAAGAACCGUUUUGUACUAACAUUCCCAAACAAUAAGAGGAGGAGACGAAGAAGUGUAAAUACGCCCUGGUCGCAACACAAUGAACUCUAGGAAUAGGAAACUUGUUGUUGUUGUUAUUUUAUUUUUUUUUUUUUAUUUUUUACAAUUCUUUUUGGUUGAACACUCACAAAUGUCAACUUGAACAAUAUAAAUGUAGAACGUGCUUAGUAUGCUUCUGAUGCAGGCCGCUAGCAACUGUUUUUGACCUUUUUUGAACUAUUUAUUGUAUUUAAGGUACACUAGGUUGUGAAAGAACUCAUAUUUUUGAUACGUGAAAUUGAUGUUAUUUGAUUGAGUGAUAAUGUUUAUUUAAAGCUUUUUGCAUAAUACUAGUCUUCGAAGUCGAGCUGAUAUUAAGUCUUUAUUAAGAAAAAAUUUUUCCAAUCGUUAUUUAGUUUCACUCCAUUCGCUAAAACAAUUUUGAAUUCUAAAAGUUACUGAAAGUAUUUUGUGCUUUUUGAUAGCAUACACAUGUACGUGUUGCAGACAAGAAAAGUACACAAUGAUAUUUAUAUUUGUUUACUUCUUCAAAAGUUACAAGCGAUUUUAUAUUUGCAACCAAGGUCAAAAUUGAGGGAAAAUUCCCUCUUUCCCACCUCUAAAUGUUGGUGACGCGUAAAUUGGACUCCACCAAAACAGUCCAAAAUUGAUCAGUUAACACAUACUUUUCCUUGCAACAUGGUACGGCUCGUACUGAAUCCAGCGAACAGUUAAUGGAAA